AUGAAGUCCUCUCCAGCACCAUAUACUGUGCCUGACUGGUACUUGUGCUGCUCCAGACCCCCAGUGACCCAUAAGCCACAGAGCUAUGUUUCCUCUCUACCAGAUUAUAUGAUUCACAGAGAGUUUAAGGCUGAUGACUACCAUAGUAAUAGCUAUGAGACAAGAAGAGGACCUUCCAAUUUUGAUAUGAAAAGUGUUUGGCAGCAGGAUGCUGAGGACAAAGAAAAUGCAGACAAAAAGAAGGUAAAGCUCCCAGCUAUAAACCCUAAAUAUCCAAGCAGAAUUCUGAAUGUUUCUACAAACAAGGAAUUUAGUGGGAAAAAUAAGCUUUCCUUCCCACCUAUGCCUGCUCAGAGAAAAAGCAAAGCAGUAAACUUUAGCAAAUUAAUUAGCAAUGGCUAUGGGAUUGGUUUAGCAGUGUACUGGAUGGGGAUUAAAGAAACAUCAGAAAACAGUAAGCAGUGCAAAGAUUCAGAGCCAUCACAGUCUGAAUCAGCACCUGCAAGCAAUGAGUCAAAGCCACGAUUUCAGGGAUGUAAUAAGUAA